CUGCUCUAGGUUCAUGUUGAGACUGUGGUUGGAGCAUGAAUUGUUGCAUGUAGCCUGUAGCCAUUGUGGUCUCUGACUUCUGCCUCUUUUAUCUGCCUCCGGGCACAGCCCCAUGCGAGGCUCCAACCAGUCGAGCGUGUCCGAGUUCCUCCUCCUGGGGCUGUCCACCCAGCCCCGCCAACAGCAGCUCCUCUUCCUGCUCUUCCUGACCAUGUACCUGGCCACAGUCCUGGGAAACCUGCUCAUCCUCCUGGCCAUCAGUGUGGACGCCCGCCUGCACACCCCCAUGUACUUCUUCCUCGGCAACCUGUCCUUUGUGGACAUCUGCUUCACUUCCACCACCAUUCCCAAGAUGCUCACCAACCACCUCCUCGGGACUCAGACCAUCUCCUUCGCUGGCUGUCUCUCGCAGAUGUAUUUCCUCUUCAUGUUUGUGGACAUGGACAAUUUCCUGCUGGCUGUGAUGGCCUAUGACCGCUAUGUCGCCAUCUGCCACCCCUUACACUACUCAGUAAAGAUGACACCUCAGCUCUGUGCUCUGCUGGUGGCCGGGUCUUGGAUUGUCGCCAAUGUGGAUGUUCUCAUACAUACACUGCUGAUGGCUCGACUGUCCUUCUGUGGGGACAAUGUCAUCCACCACUUCUUCUGUGAUGUCACCCCACUCCUGAAUCUCUCCUGCUCCGACAUAUACAUCAAUGAGAUGAUGAUUUUUAUUGAAGCCAGUCUGAUCACACUUGCUCCAUGUAUGUGCAUCUUGGUGUCUUACAUUCUUAUCACCUGUGCCAUCCUGCGCGUCCCGUCCACACAGGGCAGGUGGAAGGCCUUCUCCACCUGCAGCUCCCACCUGGCCGUCGUCUCCCUCUUCUAUGGCACCAUCAUCUUUCUGUAUUUCAACCCUUCGUCCUCACAUUCAGCGGACUCGGACAUGGCAGCUGCUGUGAUGUUCACUGUGGUGACCCCCAUGCUGAACCCCUUCAUCUACAGCCUGAGGAACAGGGACAUCAAAGGAGCUCUUGGCAAAGUGAUGGCUAUGAAAUUCUUUUUGGCUCAAAAAUGAAAUGGAUCAAGAAAUUAUCUUAGGAGCUCAUUUCAGUAAGUCUUACUUGCUUUUUCUGUUGUGAAACUG